AUGACGAUCGCCGAAUUGUACAAUAUUAAGCGCGCGGCGCGCGCCGAUCGGCAGGUCGGCUACAAGCCCGAGAAGCUCACCGAGCCAGGGACGCCGCGCAUCUGUGGGAUAUGUUUUGCGCGGCCGGCCAAGUACAGCUGCCCAUCGUGCAAUAUUCCGUACUGCUCCUUGCCAUGCUUCCGCGCGAAUGUGCACCGUGCGUGCUCGGAGCCGUUUGCGGUGCAGUCGGCUAGAGCAAAUCUGGAUAAAGGAGACGUGUCGGUGGACGACGAGGAGCGCCGCAAGACGCUCGAGCUCUUGUGGCGGCUCGAGACGGGCGAGGGCGUCGUGAGCGACGACAGCGACCAGGACGACGUCGAGGACGACGGGCGCUCGGUGGACGAGCUGCUCGGCAUGCUCUCGCUUGCAGACCGCCAGCGGUUCCAGUCUUUGCUUAGAGACCCUUCGCGCGCUGCACGUAUGUACUUUGACGACGAAGAGCUUGUGCAGCUCUGGUGGAGCGGCGAGCAGUGGCCGGGCACAGAUACUGCGUUUGCCUCGGACGUGAGCGCAAUGGCAGCGGCACCGCCAGCACGCGUCGAUCUUCGGUACAAUGUGCUGGGCGUCCUCCUUGCGUAUACGUACACGCUGCGUCAUCUUCAGCUUGCAAGCUGUACGACGUUAGACAAAGCCACGGUGGCGGAGCCGAGUAGCGCAUCGCUGCAAGCCGCGUCUGUGCCUGCGGACGAUGACGACAGCGACGGCGAGCCGCCGCCUCUGGAAGACGUAUCCGACAGCACUAGCGAUACCCCUGCGCAUGCCCCGGCAGAGCGUAGCAUACCCGAUACCAAGGCCGGCGAUACAGACAAGGUCGGUGAUACCCACGAUACCCCGCUGGACGAUACCGAGUCUGCCGAACUCCGCGAUUCUGGCGUGCUUUUGCUGGAGCGACUUGCUCCUUUUCUCUUUGCGCCCCCACGCACGCCCGAUGCGACGCUGGUGCUGACGAGCAUCGAGGAUGCGGGUCUGUACCUCCUGCAGAAGCUCGGCCCCAAAGACAUGGGCACGGAGCCCGGCCAGCUCCUCCUUGCGCUCCUGCGCGAUGUCGAGCCGCUGUGCGAGCCGCGGUCCGUUGCCGAGGCCGACGACGCCCUCGGCGCCGCUCCGCUCCUCCAUGCCCUUGCCGACCUCGACGGAUGGCUGCGUCCUAGGAAAAGCGCAUCAAAAAAGCUCGUCUUUUACGCACAUGCAUACGCGUCUGCUCCUCACGAAGCACAGCAGUCGCUGCACCGCUCGCUGCAGCGCGAGAUUGAGCGCCUGGAAAAAGAGCAGGACGACCAGCAGCACGUUGCGCGCGUCGCCGCAGCCAACUCGACGGUCGGCCGCAUGGACACGCGCGUCCAGCGGCUUUCUGCGCCAAACAAGAUCGAGGUACUCGAGUAG